AUGAUAGACACAUCCUCCGGUACCAUCAAAUGUUUUGCCCUAUACGACAAUGGUCUGAACGCCGUAUAUACUCAAUGGUUAGCUGCUGGGCCGGGACCAUCCAAGUCGCUGAACCGUAUCGUCCGGGCUGCCAUAACCAACACCGCGACACAGCAGUUCGUCAUCCAGGCACUUCGGAACAAGGGUGCUGUGACCGAGAUUCUGGCAUGGGAUGUGAAAACCCAGCGUACUCUGAAGCGAGCAGACGAUGAGGACCUCUUUACUGCUAUCCUGGGUAGUCCCAAUGGAGCGGGAUGUGCAUACCUGUUGGCGCAGCACAAGGCGCAGCUGGGUAUAAAGCAGUUGUCAUCAGUUACCAUCUGGAUGAGUGGGAGUACAUCGUUCACGCUUUCCUCGCCGAUUGGUACUAUGCGGCAGAACCUGGGCCUCCCCUUUACGGUGGAACUGUGGUAG